AUGCGACUAUUAUUCACCACACUGUUUUGCGUGCUGGGCGUUGCUGUAGCCGAAGAUGGCUCACAAGGCUGGCUGCGCUAUGCUCCUAUACCGGACGGUCCAUGCGCACAAUCAGUACCCCCGGCGAUCAUCGCUUUGAACAGCACGAAAGUGAGCCCUGUCUACACCGCAGGCCAAGAGCUUCAGAGAGGCGUAGAGGGCAUCAUCGGACGAAAGCUGAACGUCAGCUCGACGGCAGACCAAAGCCAGUCUGCCAUCAUCGUCGGAACUUGGGACGCCUACGUAGCCGCGUACGGAAGCAUCGAUGAAUGCGAGAACCUGGACGAAGAUGGUUUCUUCCUCAGCACAACUACUCCCGGCAAAGUCAUAAUCAUUGGACAGAAUGAACGCGGUGCUCUCUAUGGAGCCUUUGAGUAUCUUUCUCAGCUCGCGCAAGAUAACAUCACGGAUGCUUCAACGGUAUACAACCCGCAAGUACCCAUUCGAUGGACUAAUGAAUGGGAUAAUAUGGAUGGCAGUAUCGAAAGAGGGUAUGCUGGCCCUUCAUUAUUCUUCCGGGACGGAUUUGUCGUAGAUAACACGACACGGGUUGCUGAAUACGCUCGCCUGUUGGCAUCAAUUCGUGUAAACGGCGCCAUCAUCAACAACGUCAACGCAAACGCCACGCUACUCAACGAUCGCAACGUGGAAGGCCUUGGUAGACUCGCUGAUGCGAUGCGACCAUGGGGUGUGCAACUUGGCAUAUCCCUCAACUUCGCAUCUCCGAAUGCUAGUCUAGGCACAUUCGAUCCUUUAGACCCGAAGGUAGAUGCAUGGUGGGCCAACAUCACCAACCAGAUUUAUUCCAAGGUUCCAGACAUGGCCGGUUAUCUCGUCAAAGCAAAUUCAGAAGGACAGCCUGGUCCAUUGACCUACAACCGAACACUCGCAGACGGCGCCAACAUGUUCGCGAGGGCAGCCAAACCCCAUGGUGGUGUUGUCAUGUUCCGCGCUUUCGUCUACGACAACCACAUCAAUGAGACCAACUGGUACAACGACAGGGCGAAUGCGCAAUUGGAGUUCUUUCAGCAUCUCGAUGGAAAGUUUGACGACAAUGUAGUUGUUCAGAUCAAGUUCGGCCCGAUUGACUUCCAGGUUCGGGAGCCAGCAUCGCCACUGUUUGGAUCUUUACGGCACACAAGCACGGCUAUCGAGCUCCAGAUCACGCCCGAGUAUCUUGGCCAAAACUGCCACCUAGUCUAUUUGGCUCCACAGUGGAAAGAGAUCCUCGAGUUUGACAUGAGAUCUGACAACCAGUCAUCCAAAGUCAAAGACAUUAUCACUGGAGAGCGCUUCAAGCGACCAUUGGGUGGCUAUGCAGGCGUGACAGGAGUUGGAUCAAAUGCGACGUGGCUAGGCUCACAUCUAGCCAUGUCCAACCUGUAUGCGUACGGUCGAUUAGCCUGGGACGCGUCCGUUGACCCGAAGAUUAUCCUGCAAGACUGGAUUCGAUUGACAUUUGGCUUUGACCCGGACGUGCUCGACACCAUCACCGAUAUGUCCAUGAGGUCGUGGCCUGCAUAUGAAAACUACAGCGGCAAUCUCGGCAUUCAGACACUGACUGACAUUUUGUACACACACUUUGGACCAAACCCUGCUUCGCAAGACGGGAAUGGGUGGGGUCAAUGGACGCGCGCGGAUGCAUUCAGUAUUGGCAUGGACCGCACCGUGAAGAACGGCACUGGCAAUGCUGGACAAUACCCGCCCGAGGUCGCUCAAAUCUACGAGGACAUUGAAUCGACGCCGGACAAUUUACUGCUCUGGUUCCAUCACGUUCCGUAUACACAGCGACUGAAAUCCAACAAAACUGUGAUUCAGCACUUCUACGACGCACACUACGAAGGUGCUGGUGUUGCGCAGGAAUUUGUCGGGCAAUGGGAGUCCUUGAAGGGCAAAAUCGACGAUGAGCGAUACGAGCAUGUAUUGUUCAGGCAAACGUUCCAAGCUGGCCACUCGAUAGUUUGGCGCGAUGCGAUCAACGAGUUCUACCACAAUCUCUCACAGAUAGCGGACGAGAACCAGCGCGUGGGCAAUCACCCGUAUCGCAUUGAGGCGGAAGACAUGAUGCUUGAUGGUUUCAUGACUUACGCCGUAAGCCCUUUUGAGACAGCUUCCGGAUAUACGGCUAUCGUCACCACAUCAAACUCCACAACGGGCGUCGCGACCGCUAAUGUCACGUUCGCCUCGGGAACGUACGACGUCGCUGUCAAUUACUACGAUUUGAUUGGAGGUAAAGCGAAGUACGAACUCGAGGUUGGCGAUCGGAUCGUAGGUAGCUGGGUGGGGGAUCUGGAAGACAAACUGGGACACGCGCCGAGCGUGUAUCUCGAUGGGCACUCCGCGACGCGCAUCACGUUCAGAGGUGUUGAGGUUCGGCAAGGUGACGUGGUGCGACUCACUGCGCAAGCUGAUGGGAUAGAGCCCGCCCCGGUCGAUUACCUCUCAUUCUUGCCACCUGGCAUUGUUGACUGA